AUGGACAAGCUCAACGAGGCCUCCGCCGACAGCGUAAUGCAGAAGCCGGCGAAUGGCCAGGUUCCCAAUGAUGGAACUGGCGUCGUGCAGCUCGACCCAUGGCUCGAGCCAUACACCGCUGCCCUCAAAUCCCGAUUCUCCAAGGCUCAGGACUGGAUCAAGAGGAUUGAACAGAGCGAGGGCGGCUUGGACAAGUUCUCGCGCGGAUACGAAAAGUACGGGUUCAAUGUCACAGCAGACGGCACCAUUGUCUACCGCGAGUGGGCGCCCAAUGCCCUCCGAGCAUACCUCAUCGGCGACUUCAAUGGCUGGAACCGCGACAGCCACGAGAUGCAACGCGAUGACUUUGGCGUGUGGGAGAUUAAGCUGUCGCCAGUCAAUGGCCAGCCCGCCAUUSCCCACGACAGCAAGCUCAAGAUCAGUUUUGUGGUGCCCAACGACCAGGCGCGCGCAGAGAGGAUACCCGCGUGGAUAAAGCGGGUGACCCAGGACUUGUCCGUCUCACCAAUCUAUGAUGCUCGUUUCUGGAACCCACCGCACGCGUAUCAGUUCAAGAACGCUCGUCCACCGAAGCCCCUCUCCGCUCGAGUAUAUGAGGCACACGUUGGUAUUUCGAGCUCGGAGCCCAAGGUGGCAUCGUACAAAGAGUUCACGCAGAACACACUUCCGCGCAUUCGUGAUCUGGGAUACAACACCAUCCAGCUCAUGGCCAUUAUGGAGCACGCAUACUACGCCUCCUUUGGCUACCAGAUCAACUCCUUCUUCGCUGCCUCCUCUCGCUACGGCCACCCCGAUGAUCUCAAAGAGCUGAUCGACACUGCACACGGCAUGGGUAUAACUGUACUGCUGGACGUCGUGCACUCUCACGCUAGUAAGAACGUGCUGGACGGGUUGAACAUGUUCGACAACAGCGACCACCUCUACUUCCAUGAAGGCGCACGCGGACGACAUGAGUUGUGGGACAGCAGGCUCUUUAACUACGGGUCCCACGAAGUCCUUCGAUUCCUGCUUUCCAAUCUGCGUUUCUGGAUGGAGGAGUAUCAGUUCGAUGGUUUCCGCUUCGACGGCGUCACGAGCAUGCUCUACCAGCAUCACGGCAUCGGUACCGGCUUCAGCGGUGGCUACCACGAGUACUUUGGCCCUAGCGUGGACGAAGACGGAGUGGUCUACCUCAUGUUGGCCAACGAGUUGCUGCACACGCUUUACCCCGAUUGUAUUACCAUCGCCGAGGACGUGAGCGGCAUGCCGGCGCUCUGUAUCAAGCUGAGUCUGGGCGGAAUAGGGUUCGACUACAGACUCGCCAUGGCAGUGCCAGAUUUGUACAUCAAGUGGUUGAAAGAGAAGCAGGACAUUGACUGGGAUAUGGGCCAGCUGUGCUUCACUCUCACCAACCGAAGACACGGCGAGAAGACCAUCGCAUACGCUGAGUCGCACGACCAGGCUCUGGUCGGUGACAAGACUCUGCUUUUCUGGCUUUGCGAUGCCGAGAUGUACACCAACAUGUCGACCCUAUCCGCCUUCACACCAGUUAUUGAGCGCGGCAUGGCGCUGCACAAGAUGAUCCGCCUCAUCACCCACGGCUUGGGAGGAGAAGCCUACCUCAACUUUGAAGGCAACGAGUUUGGUCACCCCGAAUGGCUCGACUUCCCUCGCGAAGGUAAUGGUAACAGCUUCCACUAUGCCCGCCGUCAAUUCAACCUCAUCGAGGACAAGCUCCUGCGCUACCACUUCUUGAACGACUUCGACAAGGCCAUGCAAUGGACCGAGAACAAGUACGGCUGGCUGCACUCUCCACAAGCGUACAUCAGCUUGAAGAACGAGAGCGACAAGGUCAUCGUCUUCGAGCGCGCCGGAUUGUUGUGGAUCUUCAACUUCCACCCAUCGAGCUCCUUCACAGACUACCGCGUGGGCGUUGAACAAGCCGGAACUUACAGAGUGGUGCUCAACACGGAUGAUGCAGCCUUUGGUGGUCUGUCAAGAAUCUCCAACGAGACGAGACAUUUCACCACGGAUUUUUCAUGGAAUGACCGCAAGAACUUCCUGCAGGUUUACUUGCCAACGAGGACGGCAACAGUGCUCGCGCUGGAGGAGACUCUAGAUCCAAACUGGAAGUCCAACGUGUCGCUGGGGUUCURGAGGAGGUGGUGCUUGAGUUGUGACCCUUCCACCGAGCUGUGCUCAAAAAAGUCAACAGCACGAGGGAAGGCAUGGGCAUGUAGAAGUCAUCCACGAUAUAGAUUUGCACCGUCGCAGGCCUGCGUUUGA